ACAUGCUGACCCCGACUCAUGACAACUUCCUGUGAUGGGUAGCCCUGAGUUCGCUGUCUAGCUAGGAAGCUAAUAACACCUUUACCCUUUCAUAAGUCUUUACCCUUAAAAUAUUUUUUAUUUUAUAAAGAGUAGAUGUUAAAGUAAAGUUUUAAAUUAAACAAUGUCGGACAGUCCAGAUUUGCCACCAAGCGAUGAACAAAAUGUAGAGAUACAGGGCUCUGUUACUAACUAUUCAAUUGUGGUAAUAGGGGAACACGAGGAAAACAUGAUUAAUGACUGUCAAUACUAUUGUGAGAUGUGCCACCAGCCCUUCACAGAUCAGUGUGAGGUUCAUGGUCCACCAUUAUUCACAUACGACUCACCUGCGACUAAGGGGAUUCCUCAGAGGGCUCUCUUAACGCUCCCUAAAGGUUUGGUUAUAGGUAGAUCAAGCAGUCCUAAUGCUGGACUUGGAGUUUUCAACCAAGGCCAGACGGUGCCUUUGGGGAUGCAUUUUGGACCUUUCGAUGGCGAGGUGACCAGUGAGGAAAAGGCAUUAGAAAGUUCCUACUCUUGGGUAAUUUGCAGAGGCAGUGAUCAAAAUAGUUACAUAGAUGCAGAGAGAGACACUCACUCCAACUGGAUGAAGUAUGUGGUUUGCUCGAGAAGUGAGAUGGAGCAGAAUCUUGUUGCAUUUCAGCAAAACGGACGUAUUCUGUUCCGCUGCUGUCGACCUAUUACUCCUGGCCAAGAAUUUCGAGUAUGGUAUUCCGAGGAAUAUGCUGACGGACUUGGCAUCAUCUGGGAUAAGAUUUGGGACAAGAAAUGCAACCCCCUUGGUAAAAAUGAAGAGCAGGCCCCUCAAGACCGCCUAUGUCCUCAUUGCUGUUGCUCCUUUCCUACCUCCUUUUAUCUGCAACUUCACGUUAAACGUUCGCAUCCAGAUCAGUACGAACACUUUUUAGAGACAAAUGCGUCUAUAGACCUUUCAUCAGUCAUAGACGAAGACCAGUGCCUCCUGGCCUCUGAUGCACUUCCUCCAACCCAGGUGCAGCCAAACACAGAAAACUGUUUGGGUCCAAUUUCGACCCCAAACGAACAAGCCGUCCACCACCCGGAAAAGUCAGACAGCACAGAUUUGUCCAAUAUAUGCAGUAGUAAUGCUUCGAACGAUGAUGCUAACUGUGUGCCCGAGGACAGCGGAGCAAAUAAAUGUGGCGAGUGCGGGCGAACAUUUUUGAGAGCUUGUCAUCUAAAGAGACACCAGCGCACAAUUCACUUCAAAGAAAAGCCUUACUGCUGCAGCCGUUGUAGGAAGUGCUUUAGUCAAGCGACGGGGCUGAAGAGACACCAACAGACCCACAAGAACGAGGAGGUGAAGGAGACGGAUCCGGAAAGAGCGUCUGUUAUUUACCCUUGCACCAAGUGUUCGUUCUCUUUUGUGGACAAAUUCAAUUUAAUUCAACAUCUCAAGCGGCACCACCACGGAGAGUACCUCAAAUUAGUUGCAAAUGGUUCGCUCACACCCGGGGUUACGAAACCAGAUUUUGACAAGCAUGACCCACCCUAUGAACCUCCUGCUAGCAAGUCUGCCAAGAACCGCGUGAGGCGCAAAAUCCGCCCUAAAAAAGGGCCUACAGGCCGACCGCGUGGACGACCACCGAAAAAUAAGCAUCAAGUCACAGUUGUGGCAAAUACGAGUUCACCAGUCUGCGCUGAAUGCAAGCAAAGCUUUUCCGAUUCGGAGACGCUAAAAACUCACCAAUGCCCUGGAAAAGCUAACGGAGAAGUAAAGGAACCCCAAGAAGCGACAAUUUUCCAGCAUGUCUGCGGCGAAUGCAGAGGAGUUUUUAGUAAUAUGGAGCUUUUAAAAGCCCACGAGUGUAUUCAGGAGGGAGACGGGCCUCACGGCUGCCUCAGCUGUAACCUUUAUUUUAGCCGCAUGUGUAACCUUCAACGCCACGAGAGCACCAUCCACUCUAAGAAGAGGCCCUACUGCUGCGCGGUGUGCCUUAAGACUUUCACCCAAUCAACUGGCUUAAAGCGUCACCAGCAGAGACACUCGGGCCGCGGUUCUCACCGUCAGAUCUCUGCGUCGGUCAAUGCCUCCAUCUUUUCGUGUACGUACUGCGCUUUCUCCUUCACGGCGGAGCGCUAUCUUCACAAACACAUUCGGCGACACCACCCCGAGAUGAGCAUGAAAUAUCUGGGUUACCAGGACGAGGGCGUUUUGAUGGUUGAAAAGCCUCACCGCUGCAGCCAGUGCUCCAAAAGCUUUACCACAAUCAAGGGCUUUAAAAACCACACCUGCUUUAAGCAGGGGGAGAACGUCUAUCUGUGCCCAGACUGCGGGAAGGCCUUCGGCUGGUUUAACAGCCUCAAGCAACACCAGCGCAUCCACACGGGUGAAAAACCGUACACGUGUCAGCAGUGCGGGAAGAGUUUCGUGCACUCUGGUCAACUGAACGUGCACCUCCGCACGCACACGGGCGAAAAGCCCUUCCUGUGCGCGCAGUGCGGGGAGAGUUUCAGGCAAUCGGGAGACCUGAGGCGGCACGAGCAGAAGCAUACUGGAGUUCGGCCGUGCCAGUGCCCCGAUUGUGGGAAAAGCUUCAGUCGGCCACAGAGUCUCAAAGCUCACCAACAGCUUCACCAAGGCACCAAGCUGUUUCCCUGUACGCAGUGUGGGAAAAGCUUCACCCGUAGAUACCAUCUUACACGACACCACCAGAAAAUGCACUCCUAGCUACAGUAGCUGUGUCAUGCUAAUAAACUUUUGAAUGUCAUGUGAAAA